AUGAAGUCCUGGUCGCUGCCGCUGCUGCUGCUACUGCUGGCUGGCCGGCCCGUGGCGCCCGCGCCCCCAACGUGUUACUCCCGCCUGCGGGCGCUCAGCAGUGAGCUCAGCCGCGACUUCCAGAGCCUGCAGGCCAUGGAGCCCUUGGAGCCGUGUGUGAGAUACUUGCCACCUCUGUACCACCUGGACAUCCACAACUAUUGUGUGCUGGCCUGGCUGCGUGAGUUUGUGGCCUCACCCCACUGCUGGCACGUGGCCCGGGUGGACGUCCUGAAGGACCAGGCUCGCAAGCUGUACACCAUCAUGAACUCAUUCUGCAGGCGGGACUUGGUGUUCCUGUCAGAUGACUGCAGUGCCUUGGAGCACCCCAGCCCUGGCAUCACUGGCCCACCGGGACAUCUGACCAGAGAGGACUGAAGUCACAGCCACCACCCAUCUGCAGCCACUGUCUUGUGGCCCACGUCUUGGACAUCCCAGCAGUGAGGUGUUGCCCUGUUUGCUGGGAGGCAGUGCUGACGCCCCAGGAAUAGCGAGAGCUGAGCCCAAGGGUGUCCUGCCAGGAGGGCCGUGUCCCCAGGCACAGGGAUUCAGGGCAUGCGAAGGGACAGCUCUCCGUGCACCAGCAGAGAUCACUGGUGCGUCCUCCCUUACCCCGGUUCUGCACCCCCCCUACCCCAGACUCACCUCUCUCCCUCCCUUUUGUAGAGAAGCUUCUAGUGGCUUCUAGGAUGUGUUUGCAAGUGUCUCCCCUAGUGCUCAUGGGAACCAAUCUUCUUUGAAAGAUGAUGAAAACCAAAUAAAGC